CCAAAACGUUUUCGGGCGCUGCGCUGACAACAUCCUCGCAGGACCAACGAGCGGACGGUGCGUCCACGGAGCCUCCUGCUCUCUCUACCGUUAUCCUUUGAGCCUUUACAGCCGUCGUCUGGAGCCUUCGAAAAUGUAAACAAAAGCAACGCAGGCGCAGCAGUUCGGACCUCUCUCCCACUCUCUUGAAGCAGUUCUUGGAGCGUUCUCGGAGAGAGCCACAAAGGAGCAACGAGCUUCCAGGCUCGGCUUCCGCACAUCCUGCUCGGAAUUCGAAAAUCCGAAAUUUCGGUUUUUCGACGGCGGUUUCGUUUUCGGACUCGGAGCCUUCCAGCUCAGAACUUGGUCGGGCUGGCUAGCGCUCACAAGCCCAGCGGAGUGCGCAGCGUGCUGUAGUCCAGCUGCAGAAUCUGCUCCCUUUAAAGCUGGCCACUCAGGGAAACUUUUCCACACUCGAGCCCUCACACCGCGAAACACCGGAACGGAACGGAGAAAACGGCGGCGGAAAAACGUCAGACAAAUGGCCAGGAAUAGCAUCAUCCGCAGUAGCAGCAGCCAGCGCAGCAGCAUCAGAAGCAGCAGCAACAGCAGCAGCAGCAGCCUAAAGCGCCAGGACGAACCGUGAAAUUGAGCCAGAAGGCGUGAAAAUAAUAUUUAAAGAAUAAACAAAUCUUGUCGGGUGUAAGGAAGCCCUGAGGAUAUUGGGCCAUCUGGGGAAAAAUGGAAAUGAUGCGGCUUCUGAUGUCCUCGCCAGAAGCGGAAGUAGCAGCAGCAGCAGCGGCAAAUUCAACGGAAACGGCAGCAGCAGCAUCGCCAACGCUACAGCUAUUAUCCUGAAUCCGCGCCCCGAUUUCCGACUUUUCCGCUUCGCUCCGUCUCUAUUUUCGCGGCGCCCCGUUCCGCGGCAAUUGUUAUUUAUGUAUAGUGUGUAUAUAUAUGAUGUUCGUGUGAUAUAAGCGGAUCACUAAGAUCUGGCAGAGAGCAGAAAGACACUCUUAACCAAACUCAGUCUAAUCAAAAGCGUACAACGACAACAAGCGGUUUUGCAAGUGAAACAACAACACCAAACCAAACCAAACCAAAUUAAACCAAAACUAAAACUAAAACCAAAAACUAACCAAAUCAACCACAACAUUCCAACGGGUCCAAUGUUGCAGCCAACAACAUGCAACAAACAGCACCAGCAGCGGCAGCAACCAGCAACGGCAGCGACGGCAGCGGGAUCGGCAGAUUCAGGAUCACAGGAUCAGAGGAUCGCAGCUAAAGAUCAUGGAGCCUUAGAAGCAGAAACGGGAACGGAAACAGCAACUGCAACUGCAACUGCAACAGCCAUUUACCGCAAGAGCAGCAAUUUUUGGUGUCAGAGCAACAUGCUGCCCGUAAGCUGCAGCACCACCAGAUGCAGCAGCAGCAGCAGCUGCAGCAGCAACAGUAGCAGCACAACGAUAGACUUCAACAGUCGCCGAAGAAGGGGGCGCCUACGAGGCCACGCCCCACUUGCCUUAGAGGAGCGACCCAAGCAACACCAAGCUACGCUACUGGACGAGUGUGUAAAUAUUUUCAAGCGCUUAGUAUUAUUAACAUUAAAAACGAUAUCAGCAACAACAAUAACGAAAGCAAAGACAAGAAGCAGAGCAGUGGCAGCAGCCUCUGCAACAUCUCGUGGUGCCUCAGGGGAGCUGUUAGGCUCCCCGACCCGCAGUCGCUGCCACCUUCGCUGCCUUCGCCUGCCGAUCUACAGCCUCCUGCUGGUCUGCCUGGCCACCCAGGGACUGGGAUUGGGCGACGCGGCCAAGCCCAAGUCGGCAAAGCAGCACUUCGGCAGCAGCAACAACAACAACAACCCAAACCAAAACCAAAACCAGAACGAUGUGCUGCCCCAGGCAUCCAACGAGGCGCUGGACGAGGCCGAGCUUCUCUAUCCCUACCAGUCCGGGGAGCAGAUGUUCGGCCUGGAGGAGGACCAGGACCAGGAGCAGCUCGGCUCCAAUGCCGGCCCCGGCUCCGACGAGGAUAAUGCGGCCAAUCAACGUGGUAUCAAUGACACGCACAACGAUAACUCGACCACCACGAAAACGCCACUAUUCCCUAAAGAUCUAUUCACGAAAGAACAGCUUGAGAACGGCGCUGUCAUCCUGCACAUCAUUGGGGUGAUCUAUAUGUUUGUGGCGCUGGCCAUUGUCUGCGAUGAAUUCUUCGUGCCUUCCCUUGACGUAAUCAUUGAAAAGCUCGGCAUCACGGACGAUGUGGCCGGCGCGACGUUUAUGGCGGCGGGUGGCAGUGCCCCCGAGCUCUUCACCAGUGUGAUUGGCGUUUUCGUGUCGUUCGACGACGUGGGCAUUGGUACGAUCGUUGGCUCCGCUGUCUUCAACAUCCUGUUUGUGAUCGGAAUGUGCGCCCUGUUCUCGAAGACGGUGCUAUCGCUCACCUGGUGGCCCCUGUUCCGGGACUGCUCCUUCUACAGUAUCAGCCUCCUGGUGCUGAUCUACUUUUUCCGGGACAAUCGCAUCUUCUGGUGGGAGGCGCUCAUCCUUUUCACCAUCUACAUCGCCUAUGUGACCUUCAUGAAGUGGAACGUCCAGGUGGAGCACUGCGUCAAGAAGAUGAUUACCAAAAACAAGGUGACUCGCGUCAGAAGUACAGAUCAACUUAUGCCAGCAGGUAACGCGGCCAACUCCUCGGAAACAUCGAUGGCCACCCAGCCGGGCGGCUCGGUGACAUCGCGUGCGGCCAGCGAGACGCGCUCGGGUCCGCCGGGCUCGAGCACCGCGGGCGGAGGCACAGGUAAUAGCAGCGGCGGGGGCGGCACCUCGGGUAGUACUCAGACCGGUGCCAAGUUCCGCCACGGCCUGUUACAGCUAAUGAUACACACGAUAGAUCCACUACACGAUGAUGAUGUUCCAGGCAAAGUUGACGAGAAGGCGACACAGCUGCACGCCAUCGCCUCCCUGAAAGUCCUGCUGGAUGCGACCAAGCCGCAGCGCGGUGGCGCCACCACCUCGGCGGCCAACCACGUCAAGAUCAACCUCAAGGAGACCACGCUCGCCGAUCGUCCCAACGGCAAUAUCGACACCACGCUCGACUCGCCAUCGUUGAGUGGUCGACGUCCUAGCUGGAUUGAGCAGAGGGUCAAAAUUCAGACACGCAAAUUUAGCAUCAAAGCGCCAGAAAUCGAGGAUGAGCCGGAACCACUGAGCAUGGCCUGGCCGGACACGGCCCGAAAGCGGCUCACCUACGUCCUGGUGGCCCCGCUCCUGGUGCCCAUGUGGCUCACACUGCCCGACACGCGGACGCCCCGCGGCAAGCGCUUCUUUCCGGUCACCUUCAUCGGCUCCAUUGUGUGGAUAGCGGCCUUCUCCUACCUGAUGGUCUGGUGGGCCAACGUGGCCGGGGACACAGCGCGCAUUCCGCCCGAGGUCAUGGGCCUGACCUUCCUGGCAGCAGGUACAUCCAUUCCGGACUUGAUUACCUCGGUGAUUGUGGCACGCAAAGGAUUCGGCGACAUGGCCGUGUCCAGUUCCGUGGGCAGCAACAUAUUCGACGUGACCGUGGGCUUGCCGAUCCCAUGGCUGCUCUACGGUAUUAUCUAUGGGGCACCAGUGGAGGUGAACUCGGUGGGCAUGGUUUGCUCCAUAACCAUCUUGUUUAUGAUGCUCGUGUUCGUGGUGCUAUCGAUCGCCUGCUUCCGCUGGCGCAUGAACAAGGGGUUGGGCUUCACCAUGUUUCUGUUGUAUUUUGUCUUUGUCGCCGUGUCGCUGAUGUUCGAAUACGAUCUGAUCACUUGUCCUGUGUAAGGAUCAAGGGCAAAGACAAAAACAGGCAAUAGUUACCGAUUGACCGUGGAUGCCAUAACCGGAACCGCAACCGCAACCGCAACCGGAAACGGAAACGGAAACGGAUACAGAUGCGAUAAACAGACACGUGCUCUGGUGGCAAGUCUCUAUCUUACAUCCAAUUAGCUAAACUAUAUACAAGCAAAUUAAUGAAUGAAUAACAAAUUAAUUAACUGUGGACUAAAGCUAAAUAAUCGAAUUGUUAAACCGACAAAUCCACGCAUACACAGUCACUCACAGAUACACACAAUCACAAUCACAGCUACACGAACAAAAUGGCGAAAGCGAUAACGAUAACGAUAAAGAUACUGAUACUGAUACAGAAUAAUAACGAAGACGGUGAGAACUUAACGUUAACAAAUGCGAGUUAGUUAGUGGCAGCGUUUCUUUUUCGAAAGACAUUUACUUUAAAGUGUUUAGCAGCAGCUUUUUAAUGCAAGCCGCCCCUCUCCUUAUCCUCUCUAUACUCUACUCUAUACUCUACUCUUUGGUCCCCACUCUAUCGUAUCUAUCUAUGACCUAUGACCUAGUACAGCUUUAGAGCGAAGAAGGAACACGAUCAAUGGCUUCCCAACAAAGCAAAAACCAACCAAAAACUUACUAACUAUCUACCUAGCGUUUGGGUUUUAAAUAAACAUAAAAACAUAAUAAGAUCAAGCGGAAGCAUGUAUGUAUCUACGAAUCUAUGUAUAUGUAUAUCUCGGCACAAUAGCACCCUAAAUAUUCGAUAUGAUAUGAUACGAUACGAUGAUCCAAAAAAUAUUAAAAUUUAAAUCCAGAAUCCAAUCGAGCGAACUGUGCUAGAAGUUUUGCGAAGCCUUUAUUUGCGUGCUCUACUAAGAUUCCUCCUUAAAGCUUUAUCCAGAGCCUAUCUAAACUCUAUCUAGUUUAACGACUUAUAAUACAUAAUACUUAUAUACCAACUCACACGCACACUUACAUGGCAUACUAUAUAUUGACCUAUAUUGAUUAAGUGAUAAUUUGCGUACUUAUUGCCCUAAUUCUAAUUCUAAUUCUAAUGCCCCAUUGAUUCAAAUGGCAGGAGCAGAGUUUAAAUUUAACUUUCGAUUGAAACCAUAUUUAUUAUAGACUAUUUCAAAUCCAAAAACAAAAACUAAGCCUACCACCAGAUGGGGGAAAAAAUUAUUAAAAACUUUAAGAAACAAAUACAAAUACGAAACCAAACUAAUUUCAUAUACUUUUUGCUUAAUGAAGUCCCAAGUACAUAUAUACGAGCAUAUUAACGUAUUUAUAUAUAAAUGACAUAUAAGACGAUAUUUAACGAAAUAUGAAACAAAAUCAACUUGCUCUCUUUAUUUAGAAAGGUACGUAACAUUUUUUCUAAACUAAAACCCUAAACUCGUAAUACCAAGUGGCCGUAAAACCGAAACGAGGCGAAAUGCAAAUGAUGAGAAUAAAAAUAAAAAUAAAAACCAAAUAAUUUAACAUUAAACGCAUACAUAUAUACACCCGAAUAUAUACAUACAUAUAUAUUUUAUAUAUAACAGAAGAUAACUUACUAUAUAUACAUAUAUAUAUGCAACUAUAAUUAAGUAGGCAAUGUAUCUAACGGAUAUCCAAACGUUUGCAUAUGGCUCGCAAUGAAGUUAAGGAAACGACAGAACAACAAACAACAUGAACAAAUACAACAGACACACACAGAUACAAUACCCCACACAAGGACACACUCGCACAGACAUAGAACAGAAAGCAAUAAUUUUUAUUAGCAGUGAAUUAAAGGAGCAUAACGCUAUAUAUGGACAUACAUGUAUCGGUACACCCUAUAUACAUACGAUUACAUGUAUGAUACGUGCAUUUCACUCUAAUUAAAUGGCAGAAAUCGAAACCAAUAUGUACAUAUAUCUGUAUGGUAUAUCUGUACGAAGCAGCUCCAGAAGCUCCAUAAGCCAAGCAAGCUCAGCCAGGCCAGCAGUUCCAAUGCACAUGCCGUGAAGCCAUCGGAAAUAAUUAUAUAUGCGUACUUUACUUACUGAAUGCAAUGCGAUGUGCAGAUGCAAAUGCAGAUUCAAGUGCAGAAUUAUCGCAACUAAGUGGCUGCUCUUACACCCCAUGGGUGCAGUGCAUUCGAUUGCACAAAGAUAUAAAUAUAUAUAAAUAAAUAAACGGAUAAAAAUAAUAUUAAAUAUGCAUAUAGAAUAUGGACAGACCAGAGUCACAACUACAGCGGAUAAGGAUGGCGCCCGAAACCAAAUGAAAUAAAUACAAUAUAGGGAAAGGCAACGAGGAUAGAGUCAGGGAAACAGAUACUGAGACAUUGUAUAAUACUCGAUAGAGGCUUACAUAAGGUCAUUCGCCAGUCCCCAUUCUGAAGACACUAAAUCCGUUUUAUAGCCCAUUUCAGCCCCUAGUCAGUGUGGAGAGUUAACCGGAAAAUAUGAAUUUUUCAAACCAUUAACUUGUUACUUUAAAAUGAAAAUUUUUAAUUAUUUUUUCCGUAAGUAAAUCCCAAGAUUCAAGCCACUGUUGCUCUCCACACGAAAUUGUUGAAUUUAGUCCAUCGAUAUCGAUAACUAGCAAGCUCACUUCUCAAAAGUAGGAUUGCCUCGGUCGCCAGGCUUUAACAGAGACAACUUCCAAGAACAAACAACAAAUUAACUUAAACUUUUAUACAAGCUGUAUGUUUAACUAAAUACAAAAACUAAAUCGAAUAGAAAACCAAAAAAAAAAUAUCUUCCAAAUUAACUUUAAAACAAAAUCAUAUUUAUUAUAUAAAAAGCAAAAAUACUUCAAACAAAACACUCAUACUUAAUUACAUCUUAUUAGAACCUAACGAAAGGACACCCAGCAAUUACUUGUACUAAACAUUUUCUUCACUCACACACACCAACUAUCACACUCGCAUUCAAACAUAUCGCGACCACUUUCCCCUCUAAACUAUAGAGUCUAUCGAAAAAUAAAAAUUGCAGCGUAGGACCCACUCUCGCAGAGGAUCGAAUUCUAACCUCAAGCGUCGUGAUCGAACAAAUGAUUCCGAGGCACUUCUAUCACCUAUCAUAAAAACCCACUUUUGCCAUAUGAAUAAUAGUUUGAAAAAAAAAUUUAAAUAAAUCUCAAUAGACCGUAUUUCAUUUGCCACCUCAACCCACACAUUACUCUAGCCAUCCCACCCGAAAUUCAUUUGCAAACGAAAACGCACAUACACCACACCAAAUGUCGAGUGGCCGUAGUCUCGCUUUAAAGCAAAGUAAAUAAGAAGAAAUAUAUACAAGAAUAUAUAUAUACAAAUAUAUAUAUAUAUAUAUAUGAAAUUGUUAUGGUUAUAGAUUUUUAACAAGUUGAAUAAUUGCGUAAAAAGUAAAAGUGAAACAAAAACACAAAAAAAUUGUUGAAACAUUAGCAAAAGCGUUCAUAAAAAAAAAACAUAAACGAAAUGUAAGGAAAGAAUGAAAUAAUAAUAAUAACGAUAAAAACGAAACAGAACAAACCAAAUCGAAAGAUAUAGUAAUGCUAUAUAUACUUUAUGAAAUAUUUAACUAUGAAAAUAAAAAUCAUUGUUUGAAAUUAAAGAAAAAAGUAAAAUUACAAAAAAAAAAAACUAAAUUUGGUGUUUGCUAAUUUUGUGCCUCAAACCAAAUUUUGAGUUUGCAGAAAAAUGAACCGUAAGUAUAACCAAUCGAUUAUUUAACAGUAAUUGGCAUGUUUGUAUAUUCGAUGUUCGAUGUUUUUUAAAUAUAUAAAAUUAGCAAACACAAACACAGACCAUUCGAAAGCAUUUCUAGAGAUCUGGCUAUUCUAAUCACGCUCUCAAGUCAAUCAAUCACCUAUAACAAUCGUCUUGAACAAGAAUUACCGAUUAUCGAUUAUCGAUAACCGAUUAUACCGAUAUACUGCAUAACGAACAAACACAUAAUCAUUGAUUUCAGCUUUAAAUAAUCUACCAACUAGAUCUAAACCGUAUAUGGAACACACUUAUAUACACACGGAUAUUUAAUAACUUUUAUAAGCCAGUAUAUACAUAUAGAGUGUCUGUGAGAUACGCGUACUCUCAAACUGCAAGUGGAUUACUUUUUUUAAUACUCAAUACGAUAAUGAAUAUAAAUAGAACUCGUGAAAAUGCAAUGUAUACAAUACCUAUAUUCGAUUAUACACUAUUUAGAGACCGUUUCAAGUUGCGUCCGUUGUAAAGACAAAUGAAACACAGCAAACAAUAAAUUGUCAGUUAGCUUCGAUUUGUUUUCGAUUUUUGUUGAUGAUGUGAGGAAACCAAACGAUUACCAAUUAACGACAGUGCUACCGAUAACGAUAACGAUAACGAAGCAAAUUUGAUAAAUGAAUCCAGUAAAAAGUAAUAGUUAACAUAUUGGUAGACUUAUUUAAAGAUUUUAUAGCGUAUUCAAAUUUAUAAGUGUAUGAACCGGAUGCGUUUUUUAUUUGUAAUGCCAGCGACCGAUAGACCGAUAGACCAGAUCGGGCGUCAGAAGAUAUAGCGUGUGAAAAUAUAGCCGUCGUGUGUAAUACAGUUAUCAUUACCCACCAAAAGAUUUUUUGUUGUUUAGUUUGGAUCGUUGUACUCUUAAAUUUAACUUAUCGUGUGUAUUUUUAUUUGUUUUGUCGAGGUAAUUAAAUAACGGACCGAAUAACGAUCGACAAUGGGCAUGUAAUUAGUACUGACGGGAAUGUAAUUUUAAUAGCGUACACUGAGAGUAUUAUAAUAACAGACAUUAAUUUUAACAACUGAUACGCUUCUAGCACAUAAGAUUGUACAAAUGAUUUAUAUGAAUAAUUCGAUAGUCACAAAGAACAAAAAUAAUACAUAGAUGGUCAUGACAAAUGUCGGUUACGUUACUCAUCCCGUUCUCCAGAUAUAGUACCCAUUGUGUUGCUUUAGGUCAUCAGUAGGAGCUAUCUUUCCUUCGUCGAAGAUCCCAGUCCCCAGUAAUACCAUUCCACGUUGGGAGGGGCAAGAGAGCGAAAUGACAAAUACAUUUAAAAAGAUGCAAUACAGCGAGUUAUUUACUUUAUACGAGUACGUCUAGUUAACGACAUUUAGAUUUUAUACAAAGAAUACCCAGACACGAGCAGUCAUUUGAUUCCAAAACCACAACGACCUACUAUCAAAUAAACCAAAAAAAAGGUAAAACAAUAAACUCAUUAGUUAACAGAGGUCAUCAAAAGCGGGCUUGGAGUAAAGGAAAAUCAAAUAUAUAGUCAAUUUCAAACAAUACAUGCAAACAUAUAUGGGUGGCACUCAAGAUAUUUAUGAAACAAGAGUUAUAUGAAGUUAUAUAAAGCAUUUUAAGGGUUGGCUAACUGGUAAGGAGCUGAACAGAGCAGCGAACGGAAGAACGACACUUGUGUAAAUCAAAACGAAGCUAUAGUGAAUAAACCGAAAUGUUAACUAGUUAUUUAGGUGAAAUAUACAACAAACCACACUCAGAUACAUAAUUACAUUGACAUUGAACCGUUAACAAGGCUUUGAAAGUGCAAGGACAUUGUCCGAGCAGGCGACAGCACACGAACACAAGGACACACGAACGUUUACAGCGGAUCGAAUACCGUUAUAUAGCAGAGUUAUAGAAGAGCCGCAGCAAACGAAAAUAUGGCCGUUUAAUAAACUUUUGUUAUCAACCAAGAAACGAAAAUGAAAAGCACCUGCAGUAAGCAGGCCGCGAAAAACAAAAACGAAGUUAAUGUUCAACCUAACUAAUAUAUAACGAAUAUUAUAUAAUACAACAAACUUAGACUGUAUGUUAUUUUCUCAAUACAAUACCUAUAAAAAACAAUAAAAACAGAUUCAAUAAAAUGAGUUAUCCAAUGGCAAA